AUGGCACUAUACCCGCAAAUCGUAUUGUUUGGAGAUUCUUUGAUCCAAGGAACGGCCGAGGUCCAGGACGGCUUCUCGUUCUUGGGCGAGUUACAGCAUCAUGUCAUUCGAAGGUACGAUGUCGUCAACCGCGGAUUUUCGGGCUAUAACACUGCCAAUGCUCUGAAGCUCCUCCCCGAGAUCUUUGCUCCGGCUUCGGAGCAUACGGCCAAGAUUGAAUACUUUUUCGUCCUCCUCGGGGCAAACGAUGCCGUCCUGCCCCUUCCCACGACCACCCAGGGCGUCGCGAUUGGGAAGUACAAGGAAAAUCUCAAAAAGAUUGCGACGCACCCCAUCAUCACCAGCCACAACCCCAAGAUCUUCAUCAUCCCGCCGCCUCCCUUGGACGAGAUCCACGCGUCCCGGCGGGACAUUGAAAACGGCCAUCCACGGGGCACCCGCACGGCGGCCAUCAGCGCCCGGUACUCGGAGACGGCGCGCGAGGUGGCGCGCGAGGUGGGCGCCGAGAUUGUGGAUCUCUACCGGGCUGUCAUGGACAAGGCGAUUGAGCUGACGCCCGGGUUUGACGGCGGGGCGGGGGAUGUGCUGGGAACGCCUGAGUGCGGGAAGCAGGGAGGUCUGGAGCAGCUGUUGAAGGAUGGUCUCCACAUGGGCGGGGACGCGUACAGGGUAUUUUACGAGAUUGUGAAGCCCAAGGUUGAGGGUCCCUGGGCCACGGCACCCGAGGAGGAGAAGGUGGGCUACGUGUUCCCAGAUUGA